GUCGGUAUCUUCCGUUACACUCGUUAUUUGUCAAAAAAACAAUCACCGAGACCCUUUGGAGAGUACGUACGUCGCAUUCUUUGCUAUCCCGCAUGUCUAAACUCGCAUCAUACGACAGAAUCGCUGAUUUUGCUUCCGGACAUCUCGAACACGCUAUGGACCAUGAAGCUCCAGGCUUCGCAGCCGAGAGAGAGAUUGUUUCACAUCGUCGUUUCUCGCACCUGAAUCCCGCCUGGCCCGGGAAUUCGGGCCUCAUACACUUCUCUGGGGGGUUUCAAAUAUUGUUGGUGUCGCGAGGCUGGUGUUCGAGGCUGGUAUUAGAUUAACACCAGCCUCGGAGCCGGCACAAUGCAAGAUCCUGACCUAAACAGCUCUAACCCCUAAAUGGCCUGGGUAGGGGCUUUAUAAGACUCAUAAGAACGUUUACAGAAUGCCAGAGGUGAAAACUAAUUCUUUUUUCAUUGCAAGGAAGGCUGAUUUGCUUGAGCAGUUCCACAUACAACGGACGAGGCUCGGCUUUGAUACCCGUGUCAUUGUCACUGCCAGAUAUACUGGAGGCGGUCGAUUGAAUAGAGAGACAUUGUGGCCGGCGCUCGCGGAGAUCCUACAACAUCAUCGUGCUCUCAGUACUCAAGUGCACGACGCAUCAUCGAAACACCCCACAUUUGUCUACCUCGGAAGUGUCAAUUUAUCCAAGGUGGUCCGUUUCCAUGACGUGGACGAUAGACCAUUGGAUGCCAUCCUGGAUUCAUAUCUCCUGCGACCUUUUGAAUUCGAAACAGCUCUGCCGUUAUGGGAGAUGGGUGUCCUUCAGGAUAACACGGUUAUCUUUACCUAUCAGCAUGCAAUCGGAGAUGGACAGAGUGGACUGGCCUUCCAUCGUUUGUUGCUCUCUGCGCUGAACUCUGACGAAACACCUCUUCGCCCACUAGCCGACAUUGUGCCCAUCCCGGAUACGCUCGAGCUCGUCGCGCCGCUGGAGAAGAUGACGAAAUUGUCGGUCCCAUUCUCGCUAGCUUGUUACCAAUACUUGAAAAUCUUUGCACCUGUAUCCUGGAGGAAAUUAGGAUCUGCAUGGACAGGAAACAACGUCCCUCGUGACAAAACAGCGUACACCAUGACGCGACUUUGGGACUUAACUCCGGAUCAAACCACCAAGCUGAUGUGCAUAUGUCGAGACCAGAAGUCUACGCUUACUUCAUUCGCCCAUACUGCCGUAGUGGUAGUCGUUAGCAGUCUUCUUGACCGCGCGCCGAAGAGGCACAAAUAUUUGUGCACAGAGAUACCCGUCUCUUUGCGUCGUUUCACUGGUGUUCCGGCUACCGAACUCUGCGACCAUGUGUCAAUGAUGUACUUCUAUCCUCCCUUGAUCAAUUUCCCCGAAAUCUCGAGAGAUUGGAAAGCGUCAGCUAUUCUGUUUCCUUGGGACGUUUCAGCGAGGAUGGUUCCUGCGAUGCGGAAGAAGAUAGCCAAAUCUCGAGGGGAACCAGGAUCGCUCAAACUACUGUUUGGUCGGAUUAGGCCAUACCUUGAAAGCAAGAUGGGGAAGAAGCGUGAUGGCACAUUGACUCUUUCGAAUCUUGGGCCAUUCCCUCCGCCGUCGCCUGAGGAAUCGUACCAAAACCUUGAGGAGGAGAGAUGGUUCAUUGACCAGAUGUUCUUCGCGCAGGGCGACCCGAUUCUUGCACCUGCGAUCAGCUUGGGCAUCGUGGGGGCGGAGAGUGGUAGUCUGAGCUUCUGCUGGAAUUGGGGGAAGGAUGGGAUUGAAGAUGAGUUCAUGGAGGAGGUGGUUGAGGGAUUCAAACAGUUAGUUGGUGCGGUUCUGAAGUAUACUCCUGAAAAGCUGGGUGAGGUGAAAGCCUAGUUCUUCUAAUAGCAACUGGAAAUAUUGUGGUCGAGUACACUUUUUCAAUUAUUGCUACCCAUGGCACGUCGAGCAUUCCAGCGUGUCAGACAGGAAUAUCGCGAGGCACGAUUGUGUCUGGCUGCUCUACGUCAGGGAGGCUAGUAGCAAAGCCCUGACUC